UCGCAACUUCCGCGUUGGCCAUAGUUCUUGUCCCCAGAUUCUUGCUUUGAAUUGGGAGAAGCCGAAACAGAAACAAAUUGCUGUUGACUGACCCGAGUUUCCUGCACCCACGAGCAACCCACGUAGCAAGUAAACAGCCCAGGGCAGCAGACAACCCGUGCUUGAUCAAGCAUCCUGCUGUUGAGAAGCCGUCCUUGAAGUGCAGAAUCAGCCCGAGUCGAAUCGCGUCAACAUGAGCACCGACGAGGACAAGAAAGCGCGCAGCCGCGUCUUCUUCGAUAUCACCAUCGGUGGAAAGCCGGUUGGGCGCAUCACGUUCGAGCUGUACAACGAUGUCGUCCCCAAGACUGCUGAGAACUUCCGCGCCCUGUGCACCGGCGAGAAAGGUGUCGGCAAGGCGGGCAAGCCGCUACACUACAAGGGCUCAAUCUUCCACCGCGUUAUCAAGCAGUUCAUGAUCCAAGGCGGCGACUUCACGGCUGGCAAUGGCACUGGCGGCGAGUCCAUCUACGGCGCCAAGUUCGAAGACGAAAACUUUGAGCUGAAGCACGACCGUCCCUUCCUUCUGUCGAUGGCCAAUGCUGGCCCUGGCACCAAUGGCUCGCAGUUCUUCAUCACCACCGUUCCGACCCCCCACCUCGAUGGCAAGCACGUUGUGUUCGGCGAGGUGCUUAGCGGAAAAUCCGUGGUACGCCAGAUCGAGAACCUCCGGACUCAAAAUGACAAGCCCACAAAAGAUGCCGUUAUUGCCGAUUGCGGUGAGCUGUCACCAUCGGAAGCCCUUGCCGCCGACACCAAGGCCCCCGACGCCUAUGGUGAUGAGUACGAGGACUUCCCCGAGGACAUGGUGACGGGAGACGAGGUCCUCUCUGCUUCGCAAAUCCUGAAAAUCGCAGCCGACUGCAAGGAAUUCGGCAACAAGGCCUUCAAGGACGGUGACCUCAGCGUAGCCCUCGACAAAUACCAGAAGGGCCUGCGGUACCUGAACGAGGACCCCGACCUGGACAAGGAACCGGAGGGUACCAAGGACCAGAUGGACGCCCUGCGGGUCACCUUGAACAGCAACUCGGCUUUGAUGAACCUCAAGCUCGGCGCGUGGGACGAGACGGUCCGCUCUGCGGACAAUGCGCUUGCCGUCUCGAGCAUCUCAGACAAGGACAAAGCUAAGGCGCUCUACCGCCGCGGCUACGCCAUGGUGCGCUUGAAGGAUGAGGAUUCUGCGCUCGAGAGCCUGGAGCAGGCCAAGAAGCUCGCGCCGGAGGAUGCGGCCAUCAACGCUGAGCUUGCUGCGGUCAAGAAGGCUGCUGCUGCGAGGCUGGCCAAGGAGAAGGCUGCCUACAAGAAGUUCUUCAGCUGAGGGAAUGAGUGCAUCUGGCAAGCAGUCACGGUAUGUCUAAGCUCCAUAGUAAGCGAGCAAUCCGCUGGGUCACGCAUUUCCUGCAGUUAGGCCAGCAUGAGGCAGCCGGUGUCGGUGCUUUUUAGGCAGGAUUGCCCUUAUCCAGGACAAUGACAUUCGUAUUCAAA